AUGUCUGUUGCUGAUUAUAUUGCCACAGCGGCGUCAUCGCUUCCAUCCACCGUUCCACCUUCGGCUAAGGUUUAUAAGGAUGAUUGCAUGUACUCGUUCGAUACUCCAGAGAAUAACAAGUUGGGGCUAGAUGUGUGUAUGUCAUGCUACCAGGCGUUUGCUCGGGCUCCUCAGAAGAACUAUACUUCGGAACAUUACUCUGAGCAGCGUCAUCCGCUCUAUGUGAACAUUGUGAAGACGUUGAAGCCUGAGAGCGAGAGGCUUAAACGGGACUCGGACGAGGCCUCAGUGGAAACUGAUGGGUCUAAGGUUAAACAACCUAAGCUCGAGGUUCAGGAACAGAAGGAAACGGAUCUUUACGAUAUUCAUACUAGCAUUUACGUUGCUCCAUUGGACAAGUCGGCGUCUAUCGAGGAGUCUCCUGAGCCUGCUAGUCUGCUUGCCAAGCUGAUCCUUUCAGCUAACUCUGCUGAGAAGAAUGAUGAAAUCAAGGCUUGGGAGAAUGAAGUUUACCCUUGCGAGCAUUCUAGUCACAUUGAAUCGAUUGAAAAUAAAGUGGACCUUAAGAAAUGUUCCAUGUGCGACCUAGAGGAGAACUUAUGGCUCUGUUUCACUUGUGGAGCUGUCGGCUGUGGUCGUGAGCAGUUUGGAUCUGAUCUCAAGGGUAACUCUCAUGCUCUUAAGCAUUAUGAAGAGUCAGGGCAUUCGGUAGCCGUUAAGCUUGGUUCGCUCUCCGCAGACGACGAGGAUAACUGCGAUUGUUACUGCUACAAAUGCAAUGACGAAGUGAAGGUACCACAGCUUGGAGAGAAGCUUCUUAAAUUCGGCAUUGAUUUAGGAAGUGCAGUGAAGACGGAGAAAAACUUGGUGGAGUUGAACCUUGACAGAAAUAUGAACUGGCAAUUUAACUUGGACGGACAGGAUGGUGAACUUCUCACGCCAAUCUACGGUCCUGGAUUGACUGGUUUGCAGAACUUGGGUAACUCAUGCUACCUCAAUUCUUCUAUUCAAGCGCUCUUUAGCUUUCCAAGUUACCGUUCGUUCUUUUCCCAGUUGCAAUUCGACAAGCUGGUGAAGGAUCCUGCUACUGAUUUACGUUCUCAGAUGAUAAAACUCUACGAUGGUCUUCUUUCCGGGAGGUAUUCUAGGCCCAAUGAACUCAAAGGUGAUGAUUAUCAGCUUGGUUUGAAACCAUCUGCUUUCAAGAGUCACAUCGGUGCUGAUCACCAUGAGUUCAAGACAAAUAAGCAGCAAGACGCUAAUGAAUUCCUUCUUUUCCUCAUGGAUAAACUUGAUAAGGAGUUUGGAUUAGGUUUGAAUGAGCACUUUAAGUUCUUGCUUGGUAACAAGGUAAUCUGCUCGGAGUGUCACAGUGGCACAUCGUCAGAAGAACUUGUGGACAACAUCUCUGUCGGAUUAGAUGUUGAGGUAAUUGGAGAAGAUGAAGAUGGUAAGAAAAAAUAUAAAGAAGUGAAGAUGGAUGAUUGCUUCGCAAGAACGUUGGGCACUGAACAGAUCGAUGGGUACCAGUGUGAUGCAUGCGGAAAGAAAACCAUUGCUUUCAAGAAGACUGGAUUCAAGACAUACCCUGAGAAUCUUAUUGUCAAUGCCCAAAGAAUUCAGCUCGAGAACUGGGUGCCAGUGAAGGUGGAUGUUCCUAUUACUUUGCCUGAAAGCAUUGAUCUUUCGCCCUUCGCAGCCCCUAAGUUCGAGGAAAACGAGAAAAAGGUGGAGAAGGUAGAAGAGCUGGGAACUGGAUCUGAGUUUGUACCUAACGAAGAGGCCUUUGCUCAACUUUUGAGUAUGGGAUUCCCCGAUGUUAGAUGCACAAAGGCCCUUUACAAUACUGGUAACAGCAACGCUGAGGAUGCCAUGAACUGGAUCUUUGCUCAUAUGGACGAUCCAGACAUUGAUGCUCCAUUCAAUCCCGCAGAGACAGCACAGACAAAUACUGCGGGAGCAGGCGAACCAGAUUCAGAGGCUAUUGGUAACCUUGUUGCCAUGGGAUUCAGUGACAAGCUUGCCAAGAAGGCGCUCUUCGUGAAUGGAAACGAUGUAAACGUGGCAGUCGAAUGGCUCUUUAAUAACCCCGACGACGAUGGAGUUAUUGAAGAUACGAAGCCGGUCGUAAAUGUGCAGAAAGAGGCAGAGGAAUUGAAGGAAAAACUACUCAAGAAACUGGACGCUGCACAAGCCGCAGGCUACGAAUUGAAGGCUGUUAUCUGCCACAAGGGUAACUCGCCACAUACGGGUCAUUAUGUUGUAUUCGUCAAGCACGAAGGAAACUGGGUUUUGUUCAACGACGAAAAGGUGGUGAAGUGCCAAAACACAAACUUGAAGGACAUGGUGAAUUGCGGGUAUGUCUAUUUCUUCGCUAAGGCAUGA